AUGGAUUCCGAAAUAAGUUCAUGGUUAAUUAACCCACAAAAUGUAUUUAAUGACAAUAUUAAAACAAAUAAUAGAAAUGAUGAUAGCUUCCAACCUCCAAACUUCCUGCAAGAUGUACACGACGAAUCAUUUUUAAAUACUAGUAAUAAUAAUGCGGGUGCUUUUGAUUCACAAGUAUUUUCAAAACCAUUAGAAUUCCAAGAUUCAGCAAAAGAUAACUUAAAUCCAACAAUCGAUAAUAAUUUUGAUUUACAAUAUAGUGAUAUUGAUAACUUAUUAACUCAAGAAUUAAAGGACCUAGAUAUUCCAAUGGCACCUUCUCCAAGUGGUAAUGAGUUUGAUUGGAGACAAAAUAAUAUUAUUACUACUCCUCAACAAGGUGGAUUACAACAUAGUAAGAAACCAUCAAUGGCCCAUAAACGAGGGAUGAGUGGUACUGCAAUUUUUGGGUUUGCUAACCAUAAUAAGACAUUAAGUAUAUCAAGUAUUCAAAAGACUAUCCGUGAUAUUUCAAAGGAUCCAAACCUUAACAGUAUUAUUAACAAUUACAAUUCUAAUAGUCCUGACUCAAUUGAGGCACCAAAUUAUAAUAAUUUUGUUUCAAACCCCGUCAAUAGCCUUAUUAAUAACAAAAAUAGUAAUUCUACAAAUGAGCAAUUGAGUCAAAUGAUCCUCAAUCAACAACAAACAUUGAGACUCGAAUUAGAAAAACAAAAAGAGAUGAACAAGAGAUUAGAGUUACAACUGAGAGAAAAUCAAUUACAACAAGAAAAACUACAACAAGUGUUACAUGAACAAGAGGUUACAACACAACAACAACAACAAUUGAAUAAAGGUAUGAACCAGAACGCCGGGUCACCACUUCGUUCUCAAAUUGUACCACAAAUGAUUCGCACUCCGGCCAGAUCCCAAAAAGGUCGUGGUGAGGAUGAUCCAUUGAUUGUUACCAGUAAUUCAGCUAUGGGAACGUAUCAAUUCCCACCACCACCUUCAACUGCAACACCCCAACAAAUCUUAUCAUCACCUACUCUUUCUAAUAAUAUAAUUAACGGUUCGCCUUCCAAAGGUUACAGUGUUGGACGUACUCGUAAAGGUCCAAUUCCAAAUUUACAAUUAGAAAACAAUGAAGAUUUUACAAGAAGUAGUUCUGGAAUCCCAUGUGCUCCUCCUGCACCAGUAUUCAAUACAUUCAAGAGCCCUUCCAGAUCUCCACGCAGUAAUAGUAAUAACAGAGAAAAAUAUGGAUCUCCUAAAUAUUUUGCUGGGAAUACGAUGAAAUCAAGAAAUGGUGAUGUUACUCCAUUUACACCACCAUCAGUACGUGGAUUCACAGAAGGUCGUUUACACACAAAGAAAGAAUCUGUAUUAUCAAGCGCAUCUACCAUUCCACAACAAGAAUCAUAUGACAAUAACCAAAAAAAUAAUAAUGAUGGACUCCUAGGUCUAGGAAUUAUGAUGCCUACGAUACCAGGUUCUACAGAGACUACACCAAUCAAAUGCAAAUUGCCACAAAAACAUACAUUCCAACAUACUCCAGUAAAACAAAACGUCGAGACACCAAAUGGAAGUCCCUUAACCAAACGGAUGGUCAUGCCUAUAAUGGAAGAACCAUCAGAUAUAUACACAAGAUUACCUGAUCCAGUUGAGUUUACACCAAGUCCCAAGAAGAUCACUAAAAAACCUACAACGCUACCUCCUGGUUCUAUUGAUAAGUAUGUUAAGGAGUUACCCGAAAAAAUGUUUCAAUGCUUAUACCCAGGCUGUGGUAAAGCAUUCAAGCGCCGUUAUAACGUUAGAUCACAUAUUCAAACUCAUUUACAGGAUAGACCAUAUCAAUGUGAUUAUGAGGGAUGUGGUAAAGCAUUUGUUAGAAACCAUGAUCUAGUAAGACAUAAGAGAACUCAUGAAGCAAAAUUAUACGGAUGCCCCUGUGGUAAACGUUUUAAUAAAGAGAGUAGUCUAAUGAACCAUCGUAAUAAAAUGACAUGUAGCGGUGGUAAAAAAUUUGAUACAUGUAUUACUAAAUCUAUAUCGCCAUCCAAACGUUAUGAUUAUGAUGAAAACAAUAGUAACUAUAGUAUUACAGAACAUCAGAGUCCCAUCAAGACAAAUAUAGAAAGAGAUAAACGUGGAUACGUGCUGGCAAAAAUGGAUGAACAACUAUCAAAGGAGAUAGAGAAAUAUGGGCUGUUAAACCCUCCACAGGAAGUGAUAUCCCGAUCGACACCUACCAAAAAUCGGACGAUGCCAAACAAGUUGUUUGUGACAACUCCACCGUCCAGUUUCAGUGACUUGGAGUCUCCAUAG